GUGUGUGUGUGGAAGGAUGUACUACGUUAGUGUGGCACAGCGGUGGCUUGCCGGAGGUCGUGUGGCAUAGCAGUGGCUUUCUGGAUAUUACUGUGUCCACGACAGUGUGACAUUUUGAACGUUAGUGUGGCAAAGCAGUUAGUUGCUGGGACAUUUGUGUGGCUCUCUGACCGGCAGUGUGGCAUAGCAGUUGCUAGACGUUGUAUAGCACAGAGUUGGUUUACUGGACGUUAUAGUGUGGCAAAGCAGUUGGUGGCUUAUUGUGGAACAGCAGUGGCUUACUGGAUGUACUGUCACAGAAAUGAUGUACUGGACGUAGUGCCAACAACAGUGGUGUGUUUACGGGUCUAGCGUGCCACAGUAGUGGAUGGCUGGACAUAGACUACAGUGUGACACUGCAAUGACUUACGUCUAGCCCUAGUGUGGCAUACCCGUUGCUUACUGGGGCAUAGUGUGGUAAAGCCGUGGCUCACGUCUGUGGCACAGCAAUGGGUUACUGGACAUAGCGCGGUGGCAAGUGAAAGGAUGCCCCCGUCAUGAUAUUGCUCAAGCUGAUCUGAUAGUUGUCGCAUCGCAUCAAAAUGACAAGUGUUAUGGAGGAGCUGGAGAUCAAGGAGCCAACACCGAGUCUUGCUCCUAGUCAGUACGAGAGCCCACUUUACACAAAAAAAUGGAGACUAAUUUUGGCUGUGUUGAUCGGCGUGACGCUGAUAGGCGUGUGUAUCCUGGGUUUCUACCUGAGUGUCAAGUCGAGGGAGGGCGAGAGGAUGGCCGCCGAGAUAAACGCCUUCAACGCCUCCACGGCUCCUCCUCCCAGGUCCUCCAACAUCCGCUGGCGCAACGACCCAAAUCACUGUCUCUCUCUCACUAACGACACCUGUCCUGAAGGUUAUGCAGUACCACCCCUCUUGGUGAUUGGUGUGAAUGGAUUACGACCGGACCUCCUAAGUAAUGAAAAAACCCCGGCCAUGAAUUACCUGAGAAGGUGCGGAGUUAGUGCCCAGAGCCUUGUCCCUACUUAUCCCACCGUCACCUUUCCAAACAUGUACUCUAUUGCUACGGGACUCUACCCAGAAAGUCAUGGAAUUAUUGGAAAUGAAAUGUUUGACCCACGGACCAACAAGACCUUCAAGUAUAAUGAGCGUAAAUCUCGCACUAGUCCAGUUUGGUGGCAGGGAGAACCUAUAUGGAACACUGUUACAAAGCAGGGCAAGAAGUCUGCAACAUAUUCCUGGGCUGGCUCUGAUGUUCUAAUACAACAGAGAUAUCCCAUCUACUGGCAAAAUUAUCGGCAUAAUGACACAUUUGACAUGCGAGUCAAACAAGUGAUAGACUGGCUGACAAUGCCUGAAGAGGAGCGGCCUCAUCUCAUCAUGGUGUACUUUGAACAACCAAUGUUGACUUUUCAGCAAUUUGGACCGACUUCUCAAGAGGGAACUAAUGCUCUUGAGAUGGUAGAUCGAAUCUUGGAUGGUAUGCUUGGCAAGCUUCAUAUACAUGGCUUGGCCAAUUGCAUCAACAUUCUUCUUGUAUCUGACCAUGGUGCCGCUCCAGCAUCUUGCACCUCAUCCUUUUACCUUGAGACGUUCAUCUCUGAUAUUGAGCAAAAAGCACAUGUUUAUGCUGGUGCUGUGGGCAGGUUGCGAGUUGUCAGUGGUGGUGAUGCUGCCGAGAAAGAGAUUUUGGAAACACUAAGUUGCAAGAACCCCAAAGUCAGAGCCCUGCCAAAGAAGCUGCUCCCACGGAGAUAUCACUACACCAAUAAUCCCAGAAUUGAGAGUGUGAUUCUGGACACCAUGCCCAACACACGCGUGGUGACGAACACUCAAAACUACUGCAGGAACGGUGAACAUGGUUUCAACAAUCUUGAAGCAUCUAUGCAGGCUACUUUCAUAGGUUUUGGCCCCAGUUUGAAAGUGAAUUACACAAGUCAGAGCUUCAGGAAUGUUGAAUUGUAUAACCUGAUGUGUGAACUUAUGAACAUCACUCCAGCAAAAAACAAUGGCACUACAGGGAGUCUGGACCAUUUUCUGCGUCACGUUCCACAGGUGGCACCUCCAGACAUGUUAGCGAACCUGCUUCCGGAAGUAUCUAAAGGCCUUCCUGAGAAACAAUCACAAAAGAAUGAAGAACCAGAGGCAGGAGACAAUGGGACCAAUGUGAAGCAAUGCAGUUGUUUUAUUGAGAAAACUGAAACAAUUAUACCUACAGAAAGUAUACCAAGCAACAGUAGCAAUCCUAGUAGCAGCAACAGCACUAGUAAUGACACCAGUACUGAAUCCACACCCACCAGUAGCACCACAACCAGUAAUCCAAACAGCAGUAAAAAAAACAAGACCCAAGCUGAGCUUGCGCACCUACUCAAUAUCCACGUACCUUGGGGUUCACCUGGAUUCUCCGCACCUGAUGCUAUUGACGGAGAGCUUAAGAUUCUUCUGCAGUCCAGCUAUGUCAUUGGUCUGCAUGAAACACUGAAUCUGGGAGUAUGGGUGAGCUUCACUCUGAACAAUCAAACUAUUGCUCUAACGGAGAAGGAGAAACCAUCCAUACCAGCAGGGAUAGAAAUCAAGCCAGAAGAUGUUCGAGUCACGGAUGAGAAACCGCCUCCUUGCUGGGAGGCAGAUCUGAGGUUAGAUCGAAUACCAGAAGACCAGUGUCACAAGAUGCUGGCUAGAGAAGCAUACCAUGCUCAUAAUAUUACUCUCAUCCAGUUGUUUCCUGAAGAUAUGGAAACUGAUGAACUUUUGAUGUCUGAAGGUCACCUUGUAUCCAAUAUAGCACCAGUGAAAAGUGGCUACAGAAAGGGCGCUCAUACAAUGAUGGUUAAUGCCUUAAGAAUCUGGACUACCACAAAGGGUGUUCUUAAUGUUGUUCAUGGUCCUGUUUUUGACUACGAUUUAGAUGGUCACCAAGAUCAAGUGUCAACUGUGCUAAACACCAUCAAGCCUCUAGUUCCCAGUGACUACUACUUUGUUGUCACUCUGUGCAGCAACACAUCUACAGGCUCGUGUUCAAGUGAUCCACUCGAUGUCUUGGCUUUUGUCUUCCCAAACACAGACGUUCAUGAUAACUGCCUUAUGAGCGAUAUGGAGUACCUACAGUAUCACUUGACCACAGUAAGGGAUGUGGAACUCUUGACAGGAUUACGUUUCUUCAGAAAUAAAUAUGUGCGUGAUGGUCUGAAAUAUAGAACAUACCAACCCAUCAGCAUCUGGCCCUUGCCAUCUCCUGAGCUCUCUACGGGCCACAGACUUACCCAGAGAAUAGGCAAGACAGAGGACUUUGAAUAAGCAAAUCCUGGUAGUGUUAAAGCUUGUGUUGGCCUAUUUCAUAUACCUGGAAUUGUGGGGUACAGUGAAAAGAUGUAAACAUUUGUUUUCCAACUUAUCAUAAUGAACAAUGAUUAUGUUAAUUUAUAAUGUGUUCCAAAUAUUUUGUGAUUCAGAGACUAAUUUUAGAAUGUUAAAUAUUAUAGAUGAUGAAACAUUAUGUAAUAAGAAUAAAAUAUGUUCAAGAAUGAGUUUCGUACACAGAGAAAUUACACUACCAUAACGUGAUAUAGUAUAUAUAUAUAUCAAUGAGAAAAUCCAAUGGAGCUCUGAGGUGACUUGAACCUGGUUUCAGUCACCUCAGAGCUCCAGUUGAUUUUUUCAUGGACUUCACAUUGUCAGGAAUGCAAUGUAGCAAAAAUUAUUUUCUUCAUGAUCUGCAAAAAAGUAGCCAGAAUUGGACAAUCCUGCAAACAAAAAGGGUAUUAAUUUUGGUGAUUUAAUGAUACUGAACAUAUUUGGAAUGUUAUAAUUUCAGAUGCAUGAAAUAUAACAAUAUUGGUGUACAGUGUUUGUAUGUCUUGUCUCUUUGUAUGUCGAAGUGUGCAUGAUGAUAUUCAUGGUGCUAGAACUAAGUAAGUGUAUAAUUGCUUUUGCAACAAUAGUGAAGAUACUAUAUUUUAUAGUACAUUUUCUAAAUUAAGAUUGUCUAGGAAACUUUAUAGUUUUGUCAAGAACCUUAAUUCUGUGACAAUUCUCACAUAAGUAAGGUUUGAUGAAUGAUUUGACUUCUAUUGACUGUUUUACAAAAUUUAGCCCCCCAUGGCCCUCCCAAAAAUUACAGCAUUUUUUGCCAAAGGCCCAAAUCAAAGAUUGUUGCUGGAGCCAUCUUGAAAAAUUAAGUUUUGAACCAGAGCACCUAGAAUCGUGUGCAAAGACACUUUUUUUCUGUAAGUCAACCAUGAGGAUUUCAAAUCCAACAUUAGUUUGAUAUUACAGUUUUCAACCAGAAAUCCAAGAUGGCUGGCUGCUACAUGAUUUUGAGUGGUGUUCGAUCUCAACUGUCCCGACGAUAUCACUAAGUUAGAACCAAGCAUCAGUAUCAUUGACAGUGAUGACCUUAUUAACAACUCAUCAACAGGAGGGAGUACUGCUCUGUUGUCACCCCAAAACGCACCAUACGAUCUGCUCUCUUGAUGCAUUUGCCUGCACUAGAGCCAGCUGAAGAGAGCAGGGAAGAUAAUAGCAAGGUGGGGGAAGAGGAAGGAGGAGGGAGAUGAUGGUGUAUAAAGGAGGAGGGAGAUUCAUUGGAAUCUGAUGAUUCAGAAUUUAGUGAGGCAGAAUGCUCUGAUUCAGACUGAUCAUAUCUCUCAAGGUCAUAUUGAUACAUUAGUUGAUAUGUCAUAACAGUGUGAAAUAUGACAUGAAAGCAUGAUUGGUGACUUAUAAAUGUGUUUUAUUUGUAUUGUGGUAUAACUUAUCUACAGAAAAUUGGCAAAAAUUACAAUUUUCAGGGUAAAAUAAUUUUGUAUUGGCAUGUUUGAAAUAGUUUUAUUAAAAAAAAAUACAUUCAAGUUACACCUAUUAAAAUGAACUUAUUUUGAAGUGUAAUAAGUUUGUUCAUCAGCUAUAUAUAUUAUUCAUCAGUUUAAUGCAAGAGAUCCUUAUAGAGGUAGUUGCUUUAAGUACAAAAAUUUAAUUUUUGCUAUUGUAGAUGGUGACCAUCUUCGAUUUCUGAGUCAAAACAUGUUGUAACAACAAACUAAUGUGAGAUCCAGAAUCUUCAUGAUUGACUUACCCCAAAGAAGUGUCUUUGUACAUGAUUUUAGGUGCUUUGGUUGAAAACUUAUUUUUUAAAAAUGGCUCUUGGAGCCAUUUUUAUUUUGUCAGAAGCCCAUUGAUUUGGGCCUCUAGCAAAAAAUACUGUGAUUUUUGGAUGGACAUGGGGUUAAGUUUUUUAUAAACUUUUUUUUUUUUUUAUAAAAUGUGCCUAAGAAUUUCUGUCCCGAAUGGGAUUUGAACCCAGGAUUUCCAAUUGUGAGUGGAGAAUGAACAAAUCUAUACUACCAAAACCCUGAAUUGAGGUUCUUGACCUGUUAUGUUUUAAUAUCUACAAAACCUAUAGUUCUUAAGACAAAUUAUUUAGGUUGUGAUCUUUCCCAUUGGAACUUACACAGUCUAUGGAAAUAUUCAGCAUUUAUAUAAAUUGCAUAAAAUAACAGAUAUCAUAUCAGCCUUUUAAACUGUACACAAUUAAAAAAACACCAAGUUGGCUUUUUUGGUCUCUUUAAUUAACGUUAACCAUCAUCAGUGGACGACAUCAGACGGACAUUAACCCCUACACUGCUCACCACAACUAGGGUCGUUUCACUGACGAUGCACACCACAACUAGGGUUGUUUUAGGCCUAUCAUAAAAUUUAAAAUUCCCAUGCAUACAUAGGGAUCACAUUUGCUUUCUUAUGCCUCUAGUAACCACCACCCAUCUUGAAAAAUAAUCCAGAGUCCCCCACUUUCCUUCUAGGGCCUUAGUGGGGAAAUGAGGACCAUGUCUGGCACAUCACCAUCUAGUGUCUGAACAUGCAGUUUGGCCAUACUAAAAGCCAUUGAACUUUUAAGAACAGCAAAUGAGUUACUACCAUGUAUAUAUUUACAGACAAAAUGUGUGCUGUGUGCAAUUAUAAGAUUUAGGCUUUAUAUAUAUAUAGUAUAUUGUAUAUUAGUAUGAAUAAAUACAUGGUGUGCAUAUAUUUAUACACAUAUCUGUACAUACAUAUCUUUUCAAAGUUAUACAUAAUAAACCCUACCAUUGACACAUCAAUACAACUUGUUAGAAUGAAAGAGUAAAUCAAUAAAGUGAGAAACAAUUAAAAUAAAUUGACCAAGUUAUUCCCUUGUUGCACCUCACUUCAUUUCAACCAAAAAAAUACAAAUUCUCUGGACAACUACAGCUAGACCACAAGAUAUAGAGACUUUUUACUUAGAUUUUUGUGCUUCCUGGUUACUAAUUAUGAAUAUAAGAUGGAAAAAAAAUUCGGAACAAGUUUUUCUGUGCUCAUCCCAGGAGUGCCACGUAUCAGGGUUCAGAUGGUACAGUUGGGUUUGUUCUCAACUUACUAUCAAGCAAUUCCGGGUUCAAAUCCCGGGCGGGACAGAAAUGGUUGGGCACAUUUAAUAUCACCUAAUGUGUCUGUUCCCCUAGCAGUAAGUAGGUACUCAAAAGUUAGUCAGCUUGUUGUGGGGGUUGCAUCCUGGGCGGGGUCAGUAAUGUGACCUUUGGGGGGGGGGGGUAUAAUUACCUAAGUAUAAUUACAGGAUGGAAGCUACGCUCGUGGUGUCCCGUCUUCCCAGCACAUUCAUGUAUCCAGAGUGUAUUCAUGUAUGAAUACACACUCUGGCUGCCUGUUCCCCGAUACAAUGAAUUAUCUUUAGAAUUAUUUAACAUGUUCGCAGUGCAGGGGUUAAAGAAAUAAAAAAUAAUCACUGGGAAUUUGCAAGAUAACUAAGAUGAAAUACCUUAAUGUUAAUUGCUUGUUUGUAAAACACUUAAUAGUGUGGUGAGCCUCAUUGUCAAAAACACAGUCAUUAACUAUAAGUUCUAGGGACACAUACAAAAAUGACAAUAAUAAAAAUCAGAGUUUGAUUCCAUGUCCUGGCAAAACUGGGUAGAUGUUCUUCCAUGAUAUGUAGAGAAUUUGUUGCUGUUGUGUAUAAACAAUAGAGUUAAAAUAAUUACACUUAAGAGAGGAUACAACCUGCUGGUACUGGGAGGCAAGGUUAAGAAAUAUUAGCUGGCAAUAAUGUGUAAAUAUAGUAAAUACAUAUAAAUAUGUGUUAUUUAUACAAAAAUUACAUAGAGUACCUGUAGUUAAAGUUACCAUAGCUUUAUUGUAGUAUCAUAAAUUUAUGAAGAGUGUAAUUAUUAUGCCAACUUUAUGGCAUUAAACAAUACCAUCUGUG